AUGGCUAACGAAACUCGCGUGGCGAACGAGACUCACGAGAAUUUCCGUCCGGAGCCGGACGCUUUUCGUCACGCGUCUCACGAGACGAACGAGGCUCACGAGACUUACAAGAGUCACGAGGUUCACGGGGCGAAUCGACAGGCGCGCUGGCGGCUGACAGAAGCGGCGGGUAUGGGGCGACACGGGAGGGAAGGAGGAGAAUCAGCGGAAGGAGGAGAGGGGAAUAGUGCCGUUGGCGGAGAGAUGGGGGAACGUCUGGAGCCGAUUGGCUGUGAAAUCCCGGAAGGAAGCUUCUUUGUGGGUUCUCCUCCUAAGCGGUUACGGAACAGUGGAUUGGGAGGGGAGAGGGGCGAGGAGCGUGCAGGAAGGAGCAUGCACGAUGAUCAGGAGAACCAGAUUCCUGAGGCAGGUCUGAAGGAGGGCUUUUACGUGCAGGGAGGCUUCGGGAAGGGGCAAGGGGACUUGCCUGAGUUUGAUCUUAAUAAGGAGCCUGACAACGAGAUGGAAAGCGGGAGAGAGCGCGAGGGACGAAGGGAGAGGUUAGAGAGUGAAGUGAGGCAGGUCGAGGAGGGGCCUUUCGAGGUGACUCAAAAGCUGGAUACCAGGAAGGGGAGAGAGGGAGACAGCGGUAAGGGGAAGGAGGAGGCGUUAGAGUUCGAGGUGAGGCAGAUAUACGAGGGCCUAUGCCUGGACCUUGCUGCUGCUGCUGACGAGGAGGCCUGCAGCGCUGACAGGAGCGCUGACGUGGCAGGCCAGCGUGAAAGGUGCGCUGACGUGGCAAGGCAUGGUCCAGCUGGCAACGAAGAGGCUCUGUGCAUAGGAGACGUUGCUGACCUUGACUUAAACAGGGGGGAAGGGGUAAAGGUUGAUGAGGAGCAGAGCGAGGUUCAGGGCGGUAUGAGUCUAGUGGAACUGGAUUCAGUGCGGUUGCUGGCGUCACUCCCUUCUCUGAACUCCAGCGACCUCGCCGCUGCCCUGCCUGCUCUUGGCUUUGUUAACCCGCUGCCCAACACAGAGGGUGUUGUUGAGUCCACUCAGAAGCCACCUGCUCUGGCCUCUGUUGUGGACCCACCUUCACCACCGUUGGACCCGGCUGUAGCGGCACUGUCAGACAUCCAGCUGCCGCCCGGGUUCACAGAGGGCGAGGCAGCAACCGAGCACUUCCCCCUGUUGUCUGACCCGCCGGUUGACACCCUUGACCCCUUUGUGGAAACCCAGAACCCCUUUGCGGUGACUUUGGAGUCGAGUCAAAAGCCGCCAUCGUGUGACCCGCCUGUUGACACGCGAGACCCUCUUGUGGAAACCCAGAACCCCUUUGCUAACACCCUGAGCCCUCUUGUUGAUGCUGUGGAAAACGUGCUGUGCGGCCACAGGGGUGAUUGUUUGGCGGUGGUAGGGGGAGAGGGAGGAGAGGAAGGAGAGGGAGGAGAAGAGGAAGGCGGAGGAUUGGGAGGAGGGGGAGUAGAAAGGGGAGGAGAAGAGGGAGAAGGUGAGGAGAGAGCUGGAGAAAGGGCAGAGAAUGAGGGAGAAGAUGUGGGAGUGGUAGGGAAAGGAGGGCGAGAUGAUGAUUGUGAGAGGGAGGGUGCAACGGGGGUUGGGGGCGGUGGAGUUGGGCACGAACAGGCGUCAGCAUCAGCAUCAGCAUCAGCAUCUUUUCAACCAAUGCCGAGUGUUUCUGGAUGGUUGGCAGCAGGUGCCAAUGCUGCUGGUGCUGCUCAUGCUGCUGGUGGCCAUUCUGAAGCUAGUGCCAGUGCUAGUGCUAGUGCUAGUGCUAGUGCUGCUACAAGUGCUGGUGCUGAUGGUGGGGAGAAACGCCCUUCAGCUGGUGACGCAGCCAGAGGAGGAGGGGGACAACCAAGCGACACCAACAGCGGAGAAAAGCCCGACCAAUCAGAAGCAGGAAAUGAUCUCUCGCACGGGUCUCAACCCGGGGUGAAGCAUGGGUUGAGUGCAGUGCCAGGAGAUGCAGAGGCGCAUGCCAUGCUGCGGCCUGCAGGCAUGCUGGCGCCGCCCUACGAGCACAUGCGCCAGCCUGGCAUGGCUGUGACUCUAGCGGAUGUGCUUGAAUCGAGGGAGCCGUCAGAGCAGGCGGGUGUGACUGUGGACGAGCAGGGGCUGGGCUCCCUGGGAUUCGCCACGUCGCCCCUGGAGGGUCUGGGUUUAGAAGAGAGCCCGGGCUUUAAGCAACAUUUGGUCUCUGAGCAAGAGCUGGGCUUUAAGCAGCAGCUGGGUUUUGGCCAGGUGCUGGGCUGUAAUCUGGGGCUAGCAGGGAGAGCAGAAGAAGGGUCGGGUGACACGUCAGCAGUUGUGUCCAGUGCCAGGUCAGCAAAUCUACCGCAUGCGAGCACACUGCCAGGUGUGCAACACGCCAUGUCAGUGGCGCCUGAGCUGCAGCAAGCAGUUGCGUCCUCACCUCUAACGACCGCUUCCCCCCUUGCCCCGCACCCCCCCGUCCUUCCUCCCACACCACCUCCCAGCCCCGUUCCACUCCUUGCCUCCCUCCCCAUUAGCCAUACCUCCAUCCUCACCCCAGCAGCAACAGCUGCCCAAUCCCUUCCCUUCCACACCCCUGUACUCACGCCACCCACAGCACCCCAGGUGACACCUGCACCAGUCAUUGGCCCCCGUUCGUCCACCUUUUUAGUCACACCCCCUGCCAGUGCCAGUGCCCCAUCUUCUGCUGAAGGGAAUGUUGAGGUGCACGUAGGGCCUGCAGCAUGUGACAAUAACGAGAUGCUGCUCAAGAUUGGAGAGGAGGGGAUCAAGGAGGUGGUUGUGAGGCAAGGUGGUGGUGGUGACACUACAGAGAGAUUUUCAGUGGAAGUGAAUGCAGGGGAAGUGAGAGUAGGGAUCAAGAGUGGAGAGGAUGUGACUGUAGUGGUGGGAAGGGGAGUGGGGGAAGCUACAACUGCAUGGGUGGAAAAGGGUGCAUAG